UUUAUUUUAGUAUUUAAAUUAUUUAUUUGUAACUCUUUUAAGGUUUCAUUUUUAGGAGCUGUCGGUGCCUCCACCAUGUCGGCUGCUCGUGCCGGCAUGCGGAGGCACCACAGCGUUCGCUUUUUAUACAAAGAGGCCAAUGGUAAGCUCCUGGGGAUGUCACGUCUUGACUUUUCCAGGAAGCUAAUCCAGAAAGCCCUUAAUUUUAAAGCAACAGAAUUGAAUUGUUUAAUGACUCUACCUCUGAACAAAGGUUUUGACGUAAGUUUUAGAUCUGCUUCCCUGUUACAAGAUUUCUGGCAAAGAUUUGUGGAUUGUAAGACCCAGUUCUCCAUGUUCAAUGUUGAGAAACUUUCUGACAACUCUCUUAAAACAGUUAUUGUUAGAAUGUUCAAUGAAACAGUGAGUGGAGAUGAUAUUGCUGUAUGGCUGGGUAGAUUUUGCACGGUUCGAAGUCAACCAGUCAGGGUGCUUGACGAAGACGGCAUCUGGAAUUGCGCUUGGAGAGUUCCCAUCAAACAGUGGGAAGAUCCAAGCGGAUUCCAGGGUCUAAGUCAUUUACCCUCGAUGAUUGUGUUGGGAGAGAACCGCGGCUACAUUCAUUAUCAGGGAAUGCCCAAAUUGUGCAGAAAGUGUGGGAAAAUGGGACACCUUGCUGAAGCAUGCCAAGAAAUUGUGUGUGGGAAGUGUAGAGAAAUUGGUCAUAUCUUUGAGGAAUGUACCAAUGGCAGACGGUGCAAUCUCUGUGGUGAAACCAACCAUUUCUACAGAGAUUGCCCUAAAAGCUUUGCCAACAAACUGAAAAGUGACAAAAUGGCCGCCCCACAAAAGGAGCAAACAGAGGAACAAAGGAAAGAGGUGGAGCCUGAGGAUUUGGCGGGAAUUUUAAAUUCCCAGCCAUCCUCAGGCAUUGGACAAGUAAGAGGAUGUGGGGCGGCCACAGGGGCGGAGCCAAGUUUUAAUACUGAACAAAGGGAGGAAGUUGUUACCCAACAGGAAGAAAGUAAAAAGGACAUGGAGGAGGAAGAGGAUGGAACAACUUCCUCCCUAUAUACCGUUUCAGAGGUUAGUGUGGUGGAUAGUGAGAGUGAAACUGUUUGCUCACUCCCCAGUGCUCAAGUGCAGAAAAGGACUGCGAGAUCUCCUCUGUUACAAACAGAGGAGAAAAGGCUGCGGGCAGCGCAUCGGCUAGAUAGUUCCGCGUCGGAAGAUCUAGACCGUAUGUGGCCUGCAGAGUCUCCCAAUGAAGUCUCUUUCCUGCACAUCAAGCUGAGAUCAUCAUCACCUGAAGAGCCACAAGAGGUUUUCUCUGUGGACUCUGAAGUGGUGAGCAUUUGCCAUCCUGAUCCCAGUCUUUCUGGGGAAAAGGAGAGGCAAAUGCCACAUGAAAUAACAUGAUUUUAAUGUAACUUUCUGCAGUCUUUUUAUUUGUUUUUCUUCUUAAAUGUUUGUAUUUUUAACCAUACUGCUCAUGGCCCUCACUAUCUCUACAAUUAAUGUGAGAAGUGUGAGGUCUACUCUUCGAGCACAGAGUGUUUUAUCAAGUUUAAAAAAUUUUAAGUCAGAUAUUUAUUUAUUGCAAGAGUGUGCUCUGCCUUUUUUAACAAACUACAGGAGAUGGCAAGAACUUUGGACUCCAGGAACCUCCAUCUGGAGUGGCUCCAAUUUUAACAAAAAUGACGGUGUUGCCUUUUUAAUUAAUAAUCCCAACAUCUUGGUGAAGGGCAGCACUGUGGUGAGGGAUGGGCGGGCAAUUUUAGUUAAUCUGACUUUUUUAGUCCCCCAAGAAGAUUCCUGGCCAACCUGGAGAGGGCGGUAUUUUAUUUCCUGUGGGGGUCCAAGUGGGAACGAUUGAAGAGGGAGGUCGUUAAAAAAAGAAAAGAGAAUGGCGGAAAAGGCCUCCCAGACCCCCACCUGUUUUUAGGAAGCCGCUUUGCCGCCCUCCACAUCCAAUAUGCAUUGACCCCAUCCAGAGAGAACAAGACAGCGGCUAUGGCUCGUUUCUGGAUGGGGUCAUACCUGAGAGCGCUGAGAGUUUUACCAAUUGAUCUUAAAAGUCCAGUGUCUUUUAAUUUGCCAAAAGAGUACAGUUUUAUUAAGACAUUUUUAAAGAAACACCUAUUAGAAGGAAAUGAUGCCACCAUUUUAACUAAUCACAAGUCUUUGAUCUCUCUUGUGCAGGAUCGAGAAACGGUGAGUCCAAUCCCAGGCCUUACGUUAAAUGAGGUCAAACAAGUUUGGCGGAACGUUGCCCACCCAGCUCUCCAGAACAGGCACAAAGACUUGGCGUGGAUGGUGGCCCAUGAGAUCCUCCCGGUCAGGGCGGUUAUGCACUCCAGAGGCAUGGCCAAAAACGCUACCUGCCCACGG